AUGAUUUUCUCGACUUCUUUGAGCAUCUUCAAAUCCCCGCAUCUCUCCACUCCUCGAGGAAUUUUUGAUGGUUAUAUCUUGGAUCCAAGGUCUAACAAAGUUAUCGUGACAAGCUUAUUGAGCCAAUUCGAAAGAGUAUCAUCAUUUAGCUAUCAAGGAUACGUAGGAGCCCUAAAAUACAGCAAUGAUAUCAUCCAGAAGAUCGACCACUUGCCACACAAAUCCCAAUAUGAACCCCACGUGAAAGGCACCUUCAAGCAAAGAUAUUUCUUCGAUUCAAGUUACUAUAAGUUGGGUGGUCCUGUGUUUCUCUACAUUGGUGGGGAGACGAGUGGUGAUAGUCGGUUUUCGAAUUUGCAGACCGGAAUCAUUCAGAUUUUGAUGGUGGAAGAUUUUAAUGGUAUGGACGUGAUUCUUGAGAAUAGGUAUUAUGGGAAGAGUUUUCCUUUUAAUUCGAGUACGACAGAUGAGUUGAGGUAUUUGACUACGGAAGAAACCAUUGCCGAUAAUUCCUACUUCGCGCAAAACCCCACCUUCCCUAGCAUCAACGACACUCUAAACGCACCCACCACACCAUGGAUCAUGUAUGGCGGCAGCCUAGCCGGUGCGCAAACUGCUUUUACUAUGAAAGUGUACAAUUCCAUCUUUGCUGGCGGCAUUAGGAGCAGUGCGACUGCACAAGCUCUUCUUUCUUAUCCAUAUUAUAAAAUAGACGAUUUGAUCAAUAGCGGAGAUGAGGACGGGACUCAAGAAGCGAAGGAAAUCUUCGGAUUGGAGGCGUUAGAGAGUUCAGGCGAUUUUGCAAUCACAAUUGCGUUCCCAAUUGGUGGUCCAAUGUUCUACCCCACAAAUACCUGGCAAGAACUUAACUGGUCUCCUCGCUAUGGCUCCGAAGACUUCUUCUACUUCUAUUCCAACUACUCCGAUGGCGAUGCUUGGACCAGUCUCGGCGGCUACGCGGAUUAUGUGAAAAAAACACUAAUCCCGGAUUGUGAGUCUGGGAGGAUUACGAGUACAGAUGAAGGGUGCUUUGGGGCGCAGAACCAGACCUAUUGGGGGGACGCGAGUAAUGGAGGGGGCCGGUCGUAUCUGUAUUCCAGUAGGAGCGAUGCUGACAAGAGUAGCCUGCUCGGAACAAGAAGCCUAUCAAGUCGCUCCCACUCACGGUCCGUCCCUAAUAUUUCGAAUCCUAGUUCUGGGAUUAAGAAUGUUAGUGCUGAGCCGAAUUAUAUAAGGGAAGCACAUCGAUGGGAGAUUAACGCUGUGUAG